AUGGGGUUGGUUUGUGCUCCUUUGACAUUAAUAGGAGUGAUCUGGAUUUCUCCCUUUUUGCUACCGGUAUUGUUCAUUUGGGCAAUUUGUUAUGAUCUCUUCAAAUCAGAACUGCCUCCUGGAAUUGACCAGCCACUAAAGCUUCGGUUUUAUCACUCGCUAUUAGUUAUGACUGCUGUUCUGGGAAGGAUUUUCGAGAAGCUGGGUAUCUGCAGUGACAUAAGCUUACUCCGGUUGAUCCUAGAUGGAAUACCACCACCAUGGAGAGAUUCAAAACUCCUCAUCAGUGACCUGAAGUUUGCUGAGGUGCCAGUGAGGGUUUACCAGGCAAAAGCACCAUCUGUUGGCCAAAGGAGGGGUGUCCUUUACUUUCAUGGAGGCGCUGGCACCCUGGGAAGCAUUAAUGCCUUUGAAAGAGUGUGUCGUUAUAUUGCCAGAGAAACCGAUUCAGUGGUUGUGUCUGUUGGUUAUCGGUUGGCUCCUGAAUAUCUGUAUCCAAGCCAGUACUGGGACUGUCUCAAUGCCACCAUACACUUUAUGAGGAAUGUGGAAGAUUAUCAGGUGGAUCCUGCCCGCAUCAUCCUUUGUGGGGACAGUUGUGGAGCUAAUUUCGCUACUGCUAUUUGCCAAAUAUUGGUGAGCAGGACAGACCUCCCAAGAAUACGUGCGCAGGUUUUGAUCUAUCCAGGCCUCCAGGGGCUGGACUUUUAUUUGCCUUCAUAUCAGCAGAACCGCUCCGUCCCCAUCUUGUUCCAGGAUCGCGUUGUCUACUGUUGUUUACGUUACCUCAGUAAGGACACAUCAGUAGUGGAAGAUGUCCUGAAGAGUUCCCACGUUCCUGAGGAUAUGAAACUGAAGUAUAACAAAUGGAUAAGUGCAGACAAUAUUCCUGAGGAAUUUAAGAUCAGAGGCUAUAAACCACAGAAACCGCUUUCAUAUAAAUAUGAUGUUCAUGAAGUGAUUAAACAAAUGUUAGAGGUAAUGUUUUCCCCACUUUUAGCUGAAGAUGCUAUUGUUAGCCAGCUUCCUGAGUCUUAUAUUUUGACCUGUGAAUUUGAUGUGCUUAGGGAUGAUGGACUGUUGUACAAGAAACGAUUAGAGGACAAUGGUGUUCGAGUCACCUGGUACCAUAAUGAAGAUGGUUUCCAUGGAGUAUUAACCUUAUUUGGUUACGGAAUUUUUUCAUUUCCAUCUGCAAAAAAGAUACUGGAUAAUACUGUGAACUUUAUUAAAAAAAUGUGA